GGAAGAGUAAUCAAACAGUCAAACGAAAUUUGAGUUAGCAAAACGUUCUUAGAAUAAUAAUCGAAAUGAAAGCCGCUUUCGCAAUUGCCGCUGCGCUCUGCGCCUGCUUUUUGGUGCAGUCAGCCGUAGCUUACCCCUUGUCUUCUGAAUCUGUGGAACUUUUCUACCUACAAGAACCCCAAGAAACCCAGGAGCCCCAAGAACAUGGCCUAAAGAAGAAGUUGCCACCAAUUCUUAUCGAUACUGAGAUGACUGCCGCAGCACACAUCAAAGUACCGGAAGAAGUUGCCGAAGCUCUCUUGAAGAUGAUGAUCAAAUUGCAAGAAGAAAACAGCAAGAAGGAACAACAUAAUAAGAGACCACAACACGUGAAGGGUGAUAAGCCCAGCAAGGAAGAGAAACCACAAGGUGAUGCACCAGCCAAGGAUGAGAAACCACAAGGUGAUGCACCAGCCAAGGACGAUAAACCACAAGGUGAUGAGCCAGCCAAGGACGAUAAACCACAAGGUGAUGAACCAGGCAAAGAAGAACCAGCACAACCUGCUAAGCCCGAGGAGCCAUCAAAGGAUGAGCCAAAACCUGAGGAACCAUCAAAGGAAGAGCCAAAACCUGAAGAACCAUCAAAGGAUGAGCCAAAACCUGAAGAACCAUCAAAGGAUGAGCCCAAACCUGACGAACCACAAGCUGAUGAACCAUCAGUCCCGGAGCCUAAACCUGAGGAGCCAUCGAAGGAUGAGCCAAAACCUGAAGGACCAUCAAAGGAUGAGCCAAAACCUGAAGAACCAUCAAAGGAUGAGCCCAAACCUGAGGAACCACAAGCUGAUGAACCAUCAAAGGAUGAGCCAAAACCUGAAGAGCCAUCAAAGGAUGAGCCAAAACCUGAAGAACCAUCAAAGGAUGAGCCAAAACCUGAAGAACCAUCAAAGGAUGCACCAGCCAAGGAAGAGCCAGAACAAUCAGCGGCUGUAGUAGAUGCUGAGCAGCCACAAGCCGAUGAACCAGCAAAGGAGGAGCCAGCACAACCAGAGGCACCAGUCCAACCUGAUGAACCAGCACAGCCUGAAGAACCAGCAAAGGAUGAGCAACCAGCUCAACCUGAGGAGCCAGCGAAGGAAGAACCUCAACCUGAGGAGCCAGAAAAGGAAGAACCUCAACCUGAGGAGCCAGCGAAGGAAGAACCUCAACCUGAGGAGCCAGCAAAGGAAGAACCCCAAGCUGAACAGCCCGCCGAGAGCGAACAGUAAAAUGGACUUAAAUAAUAGACUGAAGUAGCCCAACGACUACUACAUGUCGAAAUAUCUGCACAACCACAAAAAGUAUUCACACCCAACUUUGCGCUACCUGGUUCAGUUUAUAUGUUUGUGUAGUAAUUUUGAAAUAAAAAAUUCAAUUAGCGAUUGCAA